AUAUCAAAAUGCUUUAAUGUUUUGACAAACUCAUAAAAUAAACCAGAAAAUAAUUUUGAUAACACAGUAAAAUUAGUUUCAGAUCAUUAAAUCACUAUUUUCAUUUUUAGACUAUCUCACGAUGAGGAUAUGGUUAUGGAUGAGAAUUCAGAUAAUACGGAUAAUAUAGUUAAUACAGAUGAAGUCAGACAAUCGGAGGAGAAUCUCAUAAUAUCAAAUUCUUCAAUAUUAUCAUCAUCUUCAGCCACUCUAUCGUCGAAUAAAGAAGUUUCAUCACAAAAUCGUAGGAAGCGUCAUCGAUUCUCUACAAGCAAAAAUGGACGUUCAUGCAGUACCGAAAGAUCAGAAAUCAUUAAUCAAAGUUUAACGAAGAUGAUUGCUACGACACAACUUCCUCUAUCAUUUGUAUCAUCUCCUGGUUUUGUUAAUUUUAUGUCUGUCAUUGAACCUAAUUAUAAAAUGUGCAAAGAGGAUACUUUAAAAAAAAGAUUAAAUAAUUUGUAUACUGAAGUUAAGAACAAAAUUCGUGAAGAAUUAAGAGAUGUAUCUAUUGUGGCAUGCACUUCUGACUGUUGGACAUCACUAGCGCAAAACUCAUACCUUACCAUGACAGUACAUUUAAUAGGUAAUAAUUGGAAACCUCUCGUAUACCCUUUCGACUCAGCUGAUGAUAGAGCGACACACAGCGGUCAAUCUUUCUGAUGCUAUGGGCAAAAUUUUAAGGAAAUGGGAAAUUUCUGAAAAAGUAUUAGCAGUAGUGACUGACAAUGCGGUUAAUGUUGUGAAUGCAGUGCGCGAUAUGACUGAAAUUCAAGAGCAAGACGGUCUUACUUGUGCAGCUCAUACUAUGCAGCUCGUUGUAAAUGAAGCUUUAGCAUGUCAUCAAGAUAUACAAGAGAUUUGUCAGAAGGCUGGAAAAUUAGUGGGACAUUUUCGCCAUUCAAAUGUAACUACCACAGAUUGGCAAUCAAAGCAAGCACAACUAAAUAUAAAGUCAUCAAAAUUAAUUCAGAGUGUCAAGACGAGAUGGAAUUCCACACUUGAGAUGUUGGAAAGACUUAUUGCAAACCGUUUACCCAUAUCAAAUGUUUUGACUGAUAGGAAUGUAACUACUUCCAUUGUAGCUAGAAAACUUGAAAUUACAGAAGUGCAAUGGGUACAAAUGGAAGAAUUAGUAAAUCUAUUGAGACCACUGCAAAUGGCCACAACUGUUUUUUGUGGAGACAACUACUCUCCUGCUUCUAUAGUACGUCCGUUAAUUUGGAAGAUAGUCCGCCAUCAUAUGCAACCAAUUCCUGAAGAUUCAGAUUCAGCAACUACGUUUAAAAUAUUUGUCUCCACAGAAUUGGGGAACCAUUUUAAACUCACUGAAUGGGAAAACUUCUCCAAUGUAAGUGCACGUCUUACUGCCUCAUUCCUUGAUCCUCGAUCCAAGAAUUUAGAAGACGAAUUGACUGAGACGAUACAAAAAGUACAAGAACAUGUCCGCACUCUUUUGGAUGCAGAACCAGUAAACACAACAUCUAAUGCAGAAGAUGACCCAAGAAAAGCUGUACACAAAACUGCUUUAGAGUUUUUAUUUUAUCAGCCAGUACGUUGUCUAAAUGAUAUAGAAUCUCAACUUCAAGCUUAUCUUACGGAGCCACAACUAAGAUUUGAUUUAGAUCAUUUAGAGUGGUGGAAAACGAGAGCUGAUAAAUUUCCGGCAUUGGCCAUUUUAGCUAAGAAGUAUUUAUGUAUUCCUGCGACAUCAGCUAGUGCAGAGCGUACUUUCUCUACAGCUGGGAAUAUUGUUACUUCAAAACGAAAUUGCUUGUCUCCUGAAAAUGUAAACAUGCUCGUGUUUCUUCUUCAGAAUAAAUCUGUCUAUGCAUGACAGAAUUAUAUGAUCAAAAUCACAUAAGAACCUCUCCAAAAAAGGGAUUUGUUAUUUAUUAGUGAUUACAAUUAAUUAUAUUACUUAUUAAGAAUUUUCUCUUUUUUUCAAUACUGGCGAAAAAUAUAUUGUGCUUGUUAAUAAUAUGAGAAUUAUCUAGUUUA